GACAAAGCGUUAGUGUAUUUCACUUUAGCUCGAUCCGCCGACAUUUAUCCAAUCCGAUUUAUUUAUGUACUUUUUGAGUUAAAACCGCUGCCAAACGAUGUCCUUCCUAGCACAAAGUGUGCGCCAGAUGCUGCGCCACGUGCCCACUCGUAGCUUAUUAACGGCAGGUGCCAUGCGUCCCUUGAGCAUAUCGCCGGUAAUUGGGCAGCAAAACAAGCCGGCGACGGAAUCGGUGGAUAUAUCGGCCAUAUCCAAAGAUCAGCAGAAGGAGUGCCUGAGUAUCUGCGAGCGCAUCAACCGGCAGGUGCAAAAGUCCGAGCAGGGACGACUCUUCGCGGUUGUUCACCUGUGCGGCAAGCAAUUUAAAGUAACUCCAGGAGAUAUCAUUUUGGUGGAGGGAUACUGGCCACCAACGAUAGGCGACGAGAUCAGCCUCGAUAAGGUGCUUUUGGCCGGGGCCCGCGACUUCACGCUCGUGGGAAGGCCCAUCCUGGAGCCCGGACUAAUCUCGGUAAAGGCCACCGUGGUGGAGAAGACGCUCAGCCACACGAAGACCCACUUCAGGAAGAAGCGCAGGAAGCAGUACAUGCGCAUCAACUUCCAACGAUCCCCGCACACCAUGGUUAGGAUCAAUUCCAUCGAACUGGCUCGUCCAGUGGACGGGAAUGGCGAGGAGGAACCUUCCUCGAGGAGCUUGUUUUAGUUUAAAAUGCUGUUGAUCAAGAAAAAUAAACCAAAUUGUUGGGAAGUAAUUAAGAAAACACA